AUGCUUAACAUGGACCUUUCAACGAGUGAUCCUAGACCAGAACAUUGGGAUCCGAACGACCCAUUGCAUAUCAAAGGGUUCAUUGGUCAAAAACGUGUUAAAUGUGUAUACAUUAACAAUGGAAGAUGGGUCAAUAUAAUCUAUGAGCAAUGCGUUCAGCGGUUGCCAAUCGAGUGGAAAAAGUAUAUCCAACCACCACAUCAGGGCCUGCUUGUUGGUUUUACUGGUCAUGGCAUCUGGCCGGAAGGCACAAUCAUGCUCCUAUUUAUACUAGUUAGUCACGACAGGGCAGAGCAGAUAACGAGAGUGCCCGAUACAAUAGAUGGGUCGGCAGCGGUCGUAGCAACAAGGCCAGAUAAUGAGCACAGUACCCAUCUAGAAAUAAGGCAAGAAAUCAGAUCAUGCCAAAGUGAAAGUUUUAAGAAAGUGGAGAAUCAAUGGUGGACAUCGGCGGUGGUAGAAAUAUUGGCCAAUAAGUCAAGGGAAAGGUGUAGAGAUGUGCUCAGACAACUCACAACAUCCCAGUCAUGGAAAAAAGCAAACACUGAUCCAAUGAAAAUUCAUCCAGAACACAGAGCAAAAAUCGCAAGGCGAGGAAAUGCCUAUUUAUGGGCAGGAGCAUCUAUCCAACCUGCAAUCAAUGGCCAAGCCACGCUCAGGAAAAGAAUGAUUCGAGACCUAAAUCAACUCUUCGCUAGUCUCGAAGAUAAGCAAAACCCCUUUAGGAUGAAGAAGUCAAGAGCUAGUAACAACACAGAUAGUAACGACGCAUCAAUCACUCUAACAUUCAUGAUUCACUAUAGAAAGGAACAAAGCAAGGUCUCUGAUAAAAAUAACAAAACCCCGAAUAGCCGUGUGAAAUGCAAGACUGCUUGGCGUGCAGAAAAGAGCAAGCGGUGUUUUCACCCGGUCAAGGGGAGGCGCUCCUAA